UGGAGAGAGUGGAGACACACAACACAAACGGGCGGUCCAUAAUCACCAACAUCAUCAUAAUCAUCAUCACACACUGGACCUGCAAAGAUCAGCCGUGAAAGAGCGUCGCAAAGCCGCAUCGGCCAUCGAGCGCACAUCAGCACGGGCGUCAAAGCGUCAGAUCCGCUGGACAUGGCAGGGAUUCUGGUGUGGUUCUGGAACGAGAGGUUCUGGCUCCCGCACAACGUAACCUGGGCUGACUUGAAAAAUACUGACGAGUCAACCUUUCCACAAGCCGAGGAUCUGUAUCUAGCGUGUCCUUUAGCAUUCUGCAUGUUUAUGAUCCGGCUGGUCUUUGAGAGGUUUAUUGCAAGACCGUGCGCACUUGGUCUGAAAAUCCAGGCCAAUGGACCGCAGAAGGCUCAGCACAACGCCAUUCUGGAAAAGGUCUUUACUGCCAUCACCAAGCACCCCGAUGAGAAGAGGUUAGAGGGUUUGUCCAAGCAGCUGGACUGGGACGUGAGGACCAUCCAACGCUGGUUCAGACAACGACGCAACCAAGAGAAACCCAGCACACUGGCGCGCUUCUGCGAGAGCAUGUGGAGAUUCACGUUUUACCUGUACAUAUUUACUUAUGGCGUGCGGUUCCUGAAGAAGACCCCGUGGCUGUGGAACACCCGAGAGUGCUGGUACAAUUACCCCUAUCAGCCUCUAACCGUGGAUUUGCACUACUACUACAUACUGGAGCUGUCCUUCUAUCUGUCACUGCUCUUCUCGCAGUUCACAGACAUCAGAAGAAAGGACUUUCUACUGAUGUUCCUGCAUCAUGUGGCCACCAUCUCUCUGAUCACCUUCUCAUAUGUGAAUAACAUGGCUCGGGUGGGAACGCUUGUCAUGUGCCUGCACGACGCUGCCGACGUUCUGCUGGAGGCUGCCAAAAUGGCCAACUACUCCAAGUGCCAGAGACUCUGCAACGUCCUGUUCGUCAUGUUUGCCCUGGUGUUCAUCAGUUCCAGGCUGGGAGUGUAUCCUGUAUGGAUUUUAAACACUACUGUGUUUGAGAGCUGGGAGAUCGUUGGGCCGUAUCCAUCGUGGUGGGUGUUUAACACACUGCUAGUCCUGCUGCAGGCCCUGCACACCUUCUGGUCAUAUCUCAUAGUGCGCACCGCCUACAGGGCCAUUUCCAGAGGAAAGGCGGGAAAAUGGAAUCCUUUACAUGUGUCAAAGGAUGACCGCAGUGACAUUGAAUCCAGCUCUGAUGAAGACGAGGUUCUUCCUCCCUCUCAGAAACACCACACUAACGGUACCAACGGGGCUCACGGCACCAACGGCUACCUGUCCCCGUCCCCGUGUCCAGACGAACACUAACCACCCGUUUCCCUGGGUCCCAGCUGCAGAUGGUACCCGCAUCACCCUCCGUUGUGUCAAACCAUGUAUGAACAUUACCGGUCCGGUCCCGUACUGGAACUACUCAAUGUGAAUGCAGUUCUGUUUCGGUUGGUCGCGUUUCACAAUUUCCCUCAGAUGUUUUGUGUUCCGUUCGUUUGCUUUUGUUUUUGUGGUCGUUGAUCCUGCGGCAUUGGUUAUCGAAGCAUCUUUUAGAUUCAGUGCAGCUAACUCUUUCGUUUCAAGCAGGCGAACGAAAGCGCCGUUCAUUCUUUCUUUCAUAAUCGCGUGAGCAUGCUGCUGCGGUCAUGUAUUCUGGCAUCUUGGGAAAAGAAAUUAGUGUCUUUUUGUAUUUAUUUAUUUUUUGUAUCUUUAAUAAAUUUGCAUUUUCCGUG